GAGCACAGCCCAGCCCGGAAGCCGAGGCGCGGUGGUACGAUCGGGCGAUGCGGUGACGUGCUGGUUUCGGGGCUCAGGUAUUGGCGGGAGCCGGCUGAGGGGCGAUGUGGCGUACGCUGUGCGCGAGUCGGGGCGCUGCGGUUGCCGGAUUGGUGCUGCGCGCUCCCAGGCCGCUACUGCCCUUCAGUGGGAAGAGAAGUACCACAGCUAUGCCUGAAGUAAACACAGAUAAUCUUGAUAAACAGCAGGUGCAGCUACUGGCAGAGAUGUGUAUCCUUAUUGAUGAAAAUGACAAGAAGAUUGGUGCAGAUACCAAGAAAAACUGCCAUCUGAAUGAAAACAUUGAUAAAGGAUUAUUGCACCGAGCUUUCAGUGUUUUUUUAUUCAAUACAGAAGAUAAGUUGCUAUUGCAGCAGAGAUCAGAUGCUAAAAUUACUUUUCCAGAUUGUUUUACCAACACUUGUUGCAGCCAUCCACUGAGCACCCCACUAGAACUGGAAGAAAAUAAUGCCCAUGGUGUUCGGCGAGCAGCACAGAGGCGAUUAAGAGCAGAGUUAGGCAUUCCCCUGGAACAGGUAACUCCAGAAGAAAUCUUCUAUAUAACGCGAAUUCACUACAAGGCCUGCUCUGAUGAGAUCUGGGGAGAACACGAAAUUGAUUACAUCUUGUUUGUGCGGAAGAAUGUAACACUGAAUCCUGAUCCAAAUGAGAUCAAAAGUUACUGUUACGUGACACAGGAAGAACUAAAACUCCUCUUGGAAAAAGCAUCAAAAAAUGAAAUCAAGAUUACUCCAUGGUUCAAAUUAAUUGCAGAGACAUUUCUUUUUAAAUGGUGGGAUAACCUCCAUAAUUUAAAUAGAUUUGUGGAUCAUGAAAAAAUACACAGAAUGUAAAAAGCUCCAAGUGAAUGUAGUGGUGAGGGUUAACAGUAGGAUGCUGUCUUAAUAGCAGUAAGGUAACUUUUAAUCCUUAAGGUUUUGAAUACUUACAGAAAUGGUACAUCAGCAGUACCUGUUGUAGGAAUUUCUGUACCUAUGUAGAGUGAUGGUGUGGCAGUUGGGUUGGGGUUUUUUUUUAGUUAAUUUACAGCUGAUGAAUGCUGCUGGCCUGACAGCAUGGGAAACUUAAGUCAUCUUUUCAGAGCAGGCAAGCUGUGGUGUUACCCAAGUGCUGAAAAAAGUUUCAAAUGUAAAGCCAGCCUUGAUGACUAUAAGUAAAUAACAGUAGGUAUAGUAUGAAUUUGUUUGGGGCUUAAUGAAUAUUAAGAUAGAAAGCCCAUGUAGAAAAGAAGUUGUAAACCUUUAUUUUGAGGGGCACUGAAAUACAUUUAAUGAGGCUUUUUAGCAGACAUGAGUUUUGUACAAGGAGACAGACACAAAUAGGCAACAGCAAAGUAAGCUUCCCUGCAUUGCCUUCCAGUGCAGUGCCUAUAAUGUGACUGGGAGUGAUUCUCUCCAAUGAAUGGAGGAUAAUCCACUCUUUAACUCUAUUUAGUUGUCUCCAUUGUGACUGUAAAUAAGGGCCACUUCUGAUGUAAACACCCCCACCCACCGGCAAUUAAUCUGAGACUUCUCCGUCCAAACUCAGUUAAUGGAGGCUUUUGGUAGUUAGGUUAAUUAGAGGAAUUUUGUCAACUUGUAUUUAUACUAGUUCCAGAACACACUAUAACUAGCAUAUCUUCAUCUUUCAUCGAGGGGGGAAAAAAACUGAUUUACUAAGUAAAUGUCAUCAAAUGCACAAAGUAAACAACUCACAAACUUCACAACUGUGCCAGUCUCAGUAAUAUUUAGAAGUUGUAAUGAAAAUUUUGAAGUACGUGUUCCUUUGAAAACGUAAGUUACAUAAACUCAUAAUUAAGUUAUAUGAAAAUCACCUGCAGUGACUGGUUCCUGUGCUCUUUUGUAUAAGUUUGAAGUAGAAUACUCAUAUCACUAAAGACUUCCACUAAGUUUAAUAACUUAACAUUUUAUUGGUAUUAUAAAGCAGAAAAUGGAAUUUCAACUUAGAUGUUUUCGUACAAGGCAACUACAACUAAAAUGGAAAUCUGUUUAUUCUUGCCUAAAAAAAGUGACUGACAAGGCUGUUAACUGCAGUCCUUAAAAGGACAUUUAGGAGCAUAGAAAGAAGUGCACAUAACCAUUGUUAGAAAAUGCAAAUAUAAGAACCUUAGUAAUUCAUUAAGUUCUUUGAACUUAAAUGCACGUAAUUACUGGUGGUCAUGUGAUAGAAGUCUGAUACAGUGGAAGAAAGUAAAAAUUGGUUGAGGGUUCUCCUUUAGAAUCAGAAAGUAAGGAAAGGUGUAUUACCUUUUUCUUAAAAGGUUUAGUUAAAGGUAACACCUUGUGACCACGUGACAUCUUUUCCCUUAUCAUUAAUGGAGCGCCCUGGAAGUGUUGUAGAGGAUUAAGUAGCUUCAUUUCUAAAAUUCUUUUGAUGACAAAAAUAAACAUUGUCCUUUACGUGAA